GAUGCUGAUGAAAGAUAGCACAACUGCACAAGCUGUGUUCUCUGUCUUUUUCUACAAAAUUGUAUUCAACUUUUUGGAAUAUGAGAAGUUUAAUAAGAUAAAGGAACUUAUAACUUCUGUUUUUAAACCUUGGAUAAUCGAUAAUUUCACUCCACCCUCUCUCUCUCCUUCAUCAACUUCACUCCACCGCCUAAACCACCAAAAAUUUGCGUAAAUCGAUAACCCCAGUAAAUCGAAAAAUAGCGAAAGAAAGGAAAACAAUAGUUACUUGAAUUUGGGUGUUUUGAAACUUGAAUUUUUUUGUUCGAAUUGGUCGAAUUUCCGGCGAGUUUUCGUAAUUUUGAUGGUGGGUUUGGUGUUGCUUUCUAGUUACCUAUUUUUUUUCGGAUUCUUGGUGGUUUUUUGGGUGGUCGAAUCUUUGGCCAUUUUAGAAUUUUCGUUUAAACUCCAUGAAAUUUUCAAAUCCUUCAUAUUCAUCUCACUAUAUGGUAAAACAAUUUACUUUUUUUUUACAGAAAAAUUGAAUUUUUUUUCGUUUUUUCUACUCAAUUUACUCCUGAAUUUCGUUGUUUGAGUCUGAUAUAUGAAUUUUUUUUGUAGGUUUUUUUUUUUUACUCAAAUUGUCUGCUUCUUUCCAUCAAAAGAAUUUAUGCUAAGAAGAAGUUUGAUCGAUUAAACAAAACAUAAAUUUCGUGAGUUCCUUGGAUGAGUUUUAAACAACAUAAAUUGAAAAAAAAAAAACAGCAAUUUUAGAACUUACUUGGAUAAGUUCGUUGUGAACAGAAGCAGAUUUCGUGAUUGAUGAUAGUGAAAUAAUACGAACCUGUUGAUGCAGGGAGCCAAGUUCUAUAGUGGCGGGUGAUGAUCAAUAUUUUGGUACCAAAUUUCAGUUUAGUACUAAGGUUAUAUUUUGAUACCAGAGACUCUAUUUUGGUACCACUUUAACUUAACUUUCGUAUUAAAUUUUUGUGAGAUUCCAUUUUGACAUUUCACUAUUAGACACCUAUCACACCUCGAAUUGUUCUCCAUUCAACCUCGUUGAUAAAUUACUUUUAUUGGAUGUAUGAAAUAUUAGAGACCAUGCAGUGAAAACAAACCAAAUGACAUCAAUAACAUUCUCUAACAAUAUAAAACAAGAAAGGUGGUUUAGCUGUUGUUUUAGAGCGUUGUGGAAUCUUUUAAUUCCUCAUCAUUUAAUACAUCUAAUCUAAUUUAUUACUUUUCACGUAUCCAAAUUUCUUACUUGUUCCUCAUACACUAUUUUCCAUUGGUUCUGUUAAUCGUCAUGUUAAGGUAUAGCCAAGCUCUUCAAGCCACAAUAUCAUAUUAACUAAGCUUAUAUUUUGCUUUCUUUAUUUCAUGAAGUUUCAUAGGUUAAUUCUUGUUUCAGCAAUUCAGCUAUCAUUUAUUUGUAUGAUCCAACGUUAAUUUGUGUGGGGUCACUCACUAACUCACUAAUUAACAACUUCAUCUUUCAGUUGAUGCAAUUGUGAAAUCUUUGUUCCUGUGAGUAGCUCAAAGUUAAAUAUCUUACUCAAAUUGGCUCGUCUUCAGUCAAAUUGUUGACACGGUCUGUUGAUGAUAGAAAUUUAGCUCAAGAAAGUGAGGAAACUCUCAAAAGACUAAAGCAAACAAAAUGAUAUGUAGAAAGAAAAAGGAAGUUUUCACAAGAUCAUUUUUCUCCAAGAAUUUUGCAACAGUAAAGGGAAAUGGAAUAAUUGAUCCAUCUGGAGUUUUUGCACAUAGAUGGAACAAAGUAUUUUUAACAGCAAGUAUAGUUUCACUUUUCAUUGACCCACUUUUCUUAAUGGUACCUGUAGUGAAGGCUGAGUUCUGCAUAGAUAAAGAGUUACCACUUCAAGUGAAUUUAACAGUGAUCAGAUCAGUAACUGAUCUGUUUUACUUGAUCAAGAUAUUUGUCCAGUUUCGUACUGCGUAUGUAGCGCCUUCUUCUCGUGUAUUAGGCCGAGGUGAGCUAGUUUUAGACCCUUGGAAGAUUGCUCUAAGGUACUUAAGAUCAAGCUUUUGGGUUGAUAUAGUAGCUGUUCUACCCCUUCCUCAGGUGUAUUUCUGGGAGUUCAUACCCAGAAUUAGAGGCAUGGUGGUUUCAGAUUACAAAACUACACUGAAAUUUAUUACAAUGGGACAGUUCAUCCUGAGACUUGUUUUGGCCUAUCCUCUCUUCAUACAUAUUGCAAAAGCCACUGGUAUCAUGUCAAGGAAAGCAUGGUUUGGUGCUGCUUACAAUCUGUUGUUCUUCAUACUAGCAAGUGAUGUUUCAGGAUCUUGCUGGUAUCUUCUGACGAUACAACGACAACUAGCAUGCUGGCGAAGCUUGUGCAAACAGAAUAGUACUAUUAUGUGCGACUAUAGCUACUUCGAUUGUAGCAUGAUCUAUAACCAAGACAGAAAUUCAUGGAUACAAUCAAGCAACAUUUCAAAUCUUUGUCAACCAAGGGCAGAUUAUUAUCAAUUUGGUAUAUAUGCAGAGAUAGUGGACACUGCUGCUACUUCAGCACCAUUUUUCCACAAGUUUUUCUAUUCACUAUGGUGGGGACUUAGAACUCUCUGCUCACUAGGGCAAAAUCUUAUCACAAGCAUUUACCCAGGAGAGAAUUGGUUUGCUAUGUUGGUUACAACCUUGGGACUUAUCAAUUAUGCUCUCCUUAUAGGAAAUUUUCAAAGUUACAUAUUAUCUACCACUGUUCGACUAGAUAAAUGGAUUAUCGAGAGAAAUGAGACAGAGCAAUGGAUGCAUCAUAGGCAACUCCCUCAAGACUUGAAGGAAAACAUAAGAAAGCAUGACCGCUAUAGAUGGGUCGCUACUCAAGGUAUUAAUGAAGAAGGUCUUCUGCAAGGACUUCAUCCUGAUCUUCGAAGACAAAUCAAACGCUAUCUCUGCCUUGAUUUGGUUCGACGUGUUCCUUUAUUCAACCAAAUGGAUGAUCGCUUGCUAGACACUAUAUGCGAGAGACUAAAGCCUAGACUUUACACCGAAUACACACUUCUGGUCUCCGAAGGUGAACCUAUAACCGAGAUGCUCUUCAUAGUCCGGGGCCAUCUCUAUUCUUACACCACAGAUGGUGGUCGAGUAGGGUUCUUCAACUCCUCUGAAGUAGGCCCCGGUGAAUUCUGCUUCGAGCAACUUCUUACUUGGGCACUCGAACCUCCCCUCAAUGACAAAGAGACCCUCCCCUCUUCCACUUUCACUGUCAAGGCUAUCACCGAUGUUGAAGCAUUCGCGCUCGAGGCAGAUGACUUGAGAUUCUCAGCCUUACAGUUCAGAAAACUUCAUAGUAAAGAAUUGAAGCAUACACUCAGGUUUUACUCUUGCCAGUGGCGAACUUGGGCUGCUUGUUAUAUACAAGCCGCGUGGCGUAAGCAUAAGAAACGUAAGUUGUUACAUGAACUUAAUGCAAAAGAGACAAAACAAGGUAUGAAUGUGAUUGAUGAUGAUAGUGCAAUAUAUGAUGAGAUGGAAAGUUUUGUGCCUAAACCUUAUUCUGGUGAGGGUGUUUAUGCUGCAAGAGUUAUGUCUAAUUUACGUAGAGGUUCAUCCAGCAAUCGGUUUGGGCCAGACUCGUAUGUCGUUCAGUACACUCUAUGACUAAUGACUUUUGAUGUUAACGAUAUGGUAACUCAAUGGGUGUAAAGCUACGUUCAAGGUAUAUAAAUUACGUGUUUGCGGCAAGCACGAAUCAUAAAUAACAUUCGGCCAAUCCUUUUUACUUGGUGUACU